AUGGAGCAGUUAAUUUUAAGGGAUCUGGAAUCGGAGCCGCCUUGUUUUCAGACUCAGGCCAAUACAGUGGCAGCUAAAUUAAGUUUCAAAUGCACUAACAACAUGGCUGAAUAUGAAGCCUGUGUCUUGGGUCUACGUUUAGCUCUCGACAUGAAUGUGAAAGAUUUUCAGCUUCAGAUUACCCACCGAAAUUCAACCGCAUAUCGUCUGCAAAUGAAUGGGGCUGUAAAAGCUGCCAAAAAAAACAGCAAGAAAAUCCUCCGAAAGAUGAUUGAUAACUACAAAGAUUGGCAUGAACAAUUGCCUUAUGAACUGCUGGGAUACCGCACUACGGCGAGAACUUUGACAAAAGCCACUCUAUACCUGUUGGUGUAUGGCACCGAUGCAGUGAUACCAGCCCAAGUAGAAAUCCUUUCACUUCAGAUAAUACAAGAAGCUGAGUUGAGCGAUGCGAAAUGGAUCCAUAAAAGGUAUGAGCAGAUGGCUCUGAUAGAUGAAAAGAGGAUGAUCGCUAUUUUCCAUGGUCAACUGUACCAGCAAAGAAUGACGCGUGCUUUCAACAAGCGUGUGAGAACUAGGGUGUUUCAAAUUGGGCAAUUGAUACUCAAACGAAUAUUCCCUAAUCAAGAAGAAUACAAAGGAAAGUUCGCACCAAAUUGGCACAGACCCUAUAUGAUACGAAAGGUGCUAUCAGGAGGAGUCGUAAUGCUUGCUAAAAUGGAUGGCCAAGAGUGGCCAAAAGCGAUUCAGAUGCCAUCAAAAGAUACUACAUGUGAAGAAGAAGAUGACUGUGAGGAUUUCGAGUUUCCAUAG